GCGCGCAGCCUGGGGGGGGGGCCGCCCUGGCUUCUGGUUGCUGGAUGCUGAGGCCAAGGCAGAGACCCAGCGAGGCUCCUGCCUCCGCCUCCCUCCCCCAUCACUCUAGCCCAGGCCUCGGUGGGGACCACUAGGCCGCCCCCCCAAGGGCUGGGGGAGGAGCCGGCUGUCGCCAUGGAGAUGGGGGCUGGCGACACCCCGUCGCCCCCACCCCGGUACAAUGCCCCCCGCUCGGCACUCUACACCGCCAAGAUGAGCGCCAUGGCGACGCCAACCCCGCCGGCACCCAGACCCCCGGCCACGGCGCCGUCGGCCUCAGCCGGGCCUGGGGGCAACGGGGCGACGGGCAGCGGGGCGUCAUCGUCUCCCACAGCGACAGGGAGCCUGGCGACAUCUCCGCUGGCGACGGGCAGCGGGGCGGCGGCGUCUCCCACGGCAACAGGGAGCCUGGCGACAUCUCCGCUGGCGACGGGCAGCGGGGCGGCGGCGUCUCCCAUGGCGACAGGGAGCCUGGCGACAUCUCCGCCGGCGACGGGCAGCGGGGCGGCGGCGUCUCCCACGGCAACAGGGAGCCUGGCGACAUCUCCGCUGGCGACGGGCAGCGGGGCGGCGGCGUCUCCCACGGCGACAGGGAGCCUGGUGACAUCUCCGCUGGCGACGGGCAGCGGGCGGGCGGCGUCUCCCACGGCAACAGGGAGCCUGGCGACAUCUCCGCUGGCGACGGGCAGCGGGGCGGCGGCGUCUCCCACGGCGACAGGGAGCCUGGUGACAUCUCCGCUGGCGACGGGCAGCGGGGCGGCGGCAUCUCCCACGGCGACAGGGAGCCUGGCGACAUCUCCGCCGGCGACAGGCAGCGGGGCAUCGUCGUCUCCCAUGGCGACAGGGAGCCUGGCGACAUCUCCGCUGGCGACAGGCAGCGGGGCAUCGUCGUCUCCCAUGGCGACAGGUAGCCUGGUGACAUCUCCGCCGGCGACGGGCAGCGGGGCGACGUCUUCCAUGGCGACAGCGAGCCUGGUGACAUCUCCGCCGGCAACGGGCAGUGGGAUGGUGUCACCGGUCACCGUGGCGGCAACCAGCACUGUGGCGGCAUCUCCAAGCAACCUAGCAGCAUCUCCAACAGCUACAGGCCAUGUGGUGGUGUCUCUAGGCAACACGACGGCGUCGCCAGGCAGCAUGGCAGCGGCGACGAGCAGCAGGGUGGUGUGUCCGGGGCCAAUGGGCAACAACACUGAUUCGGUGGCGUCUCCCGUGGUAACGGCACCUGUAGCCACCAUGGCAGCCGCCACAGGGAUGGUUUCCAUGGAAAUGAUGCAGAUGGCAGGGGUCGACGUGGUGACGGGUCCCAUGGAAACGGUCACUGUGGCGGUGGCCUCUCCCACACCGUCUCCCGCCACGGAAACUGCAGCCCCAUGCACCCCGGUGAAGCCCCUCCCGGCACCCUUCCCCUCGCCGUCCGUGGUGGUGGCGGCGCCCAACCUGGUGGUGCCAGAGAAGAGCUCUCCCACUGCGACAGAGGGGCCUGCAGACCUGGGGUCCACUGCCUCCCAGGACAUGGGGUCGCAGUCCAGCCUGGGUCCUGGAAUCCCACCUCCCAGGCCCCCGCCGGCUCCAGACACCCUGAGUUACCUGGAUUCGGUCAGCCUCAUGUCAGGCACCUUGGAGUCCCUGAGUGGCCCUGGGUUCUUGGACGACGUCAGCUCCCUGGGCUCAGACUCGGAGAUCAAUGGCUUGGCCUACCGCAGAACAGACAAAUAUGGCUUCUUGGGGGGCAACCAGCACUCGGGGAUGCUGGAGAGCACCAUCCCGGUGGACGUGGCGCGGCAGCGGGAGCUCAAAUGGCUCGAUAUGUUUUCCCACUGGGAUAAAUGGCUCUCGCGGCGAUUCCAGAAGGUGAAGCUGCGCUGUCGGAAGGGGAUCCCCUCUUCUCUCCGGGCCAAAGCCUGGCAGCUGCUCUCGAACAGCAAGGAGCUCCUGGAUCAGAACCCCGGGAAAUUUGAGGAGCUGGAGCGCCAGCCCGGGGACCCCAAGUGGCUGGAUGUGAUUGAAAAGGAUCUGCACCGGCAGUUCCCCUUCCACGAGAUGUUUGCCGCCAGGGGAGGCCACGGGCAGCAGGACUUAUACCGCAUCCUAAAAGCCUACACCAUUUACCGGCCUGACGAAGGGUACUGCCAGGCCCAGGCCCCCGUGGCUGCUGUCCUGCUGAUGCACAUGCCCGCUGAGCAAGCCUUCUGGUGCCUGGUGCAGAUCUGUGAGAAGUACCUGCCAGGCUACUACAGCGCAGGGCUGGAAGCCAUCCAGCUGGAUGGAGAGAUCUUCUUUGCCCUGCUGCGCCGGGCAUCCCCCAUGGCCUAUCGGCACUUGAAGAAAUACAAGAUUGACCCCAUCCUCUACAUGACGGAGUGGUUCAUGUGCAUCUUCUCCCGCACCCUGCCCUGGGCUUCUGUGCUGCGCGUCUGGGAUAUGUUCUUCUGCGAGGGGGUGAAGAUUGUCUUCCGGGUGGGCCUGGUCCUUCUCCGGAACACUCUGGGCUCGGUGGACAAGCUGCGCAGCUGCCAGGGCAUGUACGAAACCAUGGAGAAGCUGCGCAACCUGCCAGCUCAGAGCAUGCAAGAGGACUUCCUCAUCCAGGAGGUGGUGACCCUGCCUGUGACGGAAGCGCUGAUUGAGCGUGAGAACGCCACGCAGCUCAAGAAGUGGCGCGAGACCCGCGGGGAGCUGCAGCAUAAACCCUCUCGCCGCCUCCACGGCUCCCGCGCCAUCCAUGAAGAGUGUCACCGGCUGAACCCCCCGCUGACCUCCAGCGCCAGCCUGCUCAGCCUCACCGGCUUCAAACAGCGGGCGGCCCGUGGCGGCAGCGGGGCGGGCACGGGGGGCAACUUCUCCCCCGCCCACCCCAUGGGCAGCCUGGCCGUCUCCUCUGCCCCCACUCCAGCUGCUGCCCCAGGCCAGGUGGUGUCGGAAGGGCUCCACCCCGCUCUGCCCUCCCCCACGGGGAACAACACACCGCUGGGGGGGCCCAAGAAGGGGGGAGGGAAGAAGCAGGAGAAGGAGCGGGAGCGGCUGCAGAAGGAGCGGGAGAAGCAGGAGAAGAAGGAGAAGGAGAAGGUGGAGCGGAAGCAGCAGAAGGAACGCGCCAAGGAGGAGGCCAAGCUGAAGAAAGAGAGGAAGGUCUCCAUGCGCCGGAAGGAAGCCAAAGCCCCGCCCCGUGCUGAGGACGGGGGGCAAGAUGGGGAUCCCCCAGCAGGCUCUGUGCUGCAGGACACUUACUUCUGAGCGGAGUGGGGGUGGGACAGCCAGGGGGGGCCCUGCUGCCUCCAACCCACCGCAGAUUCAGCCAAGGACCAAGGAGUGAGGAGACUCAGAUGGGGUGGGGUCGCCGCCUGGGAGGAAGGUGGAAUCUAAAAGACACGAGAGUGUUGAGCUCUGAGCUAGCCUCCGGGGGUGCCCCACAAUCUUCCUCCUGCCAGGAGGGGACCUGCUUAACGACUUUGAAAGCCAAACGACUACUGUGCUGCCCCUGGCCUUUCUGUGUCCUCCCCUCCCGUCGGUGGACCGAACAGGUACACCCCUCCCUCCAAGCGCUCUCCCAGAGGUGUGGGGCCUGGCCCCCUCGAGUCUUAACCAGAAUAUCAGUGUAUUAAUAAUACUCCAGCCCGUUUACUGUAGAUAGGAGAAUCCCCUUCAAACUAUUUAACCACUCCAGCCCUACACUCCCCCCGCCCCUCUCCUCGGGAGAGGUUGGUUUUAAGAGCCACCCUCUUGCCCCCAUGCUAGCAGGAGCGCUCCUCUUUGUGCUGUUCACCCCCAAACGCAGUUCUUGUUGGUAGACACAGAUAUCGAUAAAGUUCUUCUACUUUGACUUUCAGUGGCAAGACGGAUGAACUUUAUUGACAGCCCAGGUUAUGCAGACAGGGCAUACGUUCCUCCCUGUCCCAACACCACAUUCUUUUAUUUAUCUGUAGCCCGGUGGUCCCCGACAGGGCAUCAGUAAAGCUCAUCCGCCUCUCAAGAAGGUGUCACUAAAGUCACGUGCCAGGUGAGAAACUUUAUCGAUAGCCCAGUGCUUGCAGACAAGAGAACAGGAAAGUUCUUCCAUCUCCCAGCACAGGAUUUUUGUGGCAAGGAGUAAACUUUACCGAUAGCCCAGUGUUGGAAAACUGGACUGUUCUCGUCUGCCAAUGCUGGGCUUUCAAUAAAGUUCAUUCCUUGUCCCCACCUGGGGCUUCAUCUCUUGUGUGGUACCCUGGCGGCCCGCUGUUAUGGUCUCCUUUGGGGCCUUCGGGGAAAGAUGGUGAACUUUAUUGGUGGCCCACUUUGCUGACAAGGUGUCAAUAAAGUUUCUUCCCUGUAAGAGUGGGGGAUGAACUUUAUUGACAACCCAAUGUUCGCAGCCAGAGCAUGGCAUUCCAUGUCAGGGCAGGGAUGAGCUUUAUCGACACUUCAGUGUUUGCAGACAGAAUAUCCUAUUCCAUGUGAGAGCUGGGAUGAGCUUUAUCGAUGUCCCAGUGUUUGCAGACAUGGGUAUCAAUAAAGUUUAUUUCACGUGAGAACCAUGAUAAAUUUUAUCGAGUCCCCAGUGUUGGUGAACAGGAAGCCAAUAAAGUCCCCCAGUGGCUGAUGCUAUGGGACUUUUUCAGGAGCAACUGUAUCCAACUAGCACUACAUAGCCCCCCCUAAUUUGCCCUGGGGGGAUAUUAAAUUGGCUCCUAGACAAUACCCCCUUCCCCCCGGGAUACUCUCUUGAUUAUCUCUUUUGUCUUGUCAAUUCCCUGCCUCCCCUUCCCUGGCUUAUUUGUGAUUUACCCCAACCAUCAACACACUCCAGUCCCCCCAGAUCCAACACCCCCCCCCCCCCCACGACCCCUUAAAAAGCAUGAACAAACACCCUUACAAUAACUGGAAUUUUCUCUCUCUCUGACUGUGGUACGCCGUGCGACCACCAGAGGACACCCACUGGCCCCAUGGAGGGAGAGCAGGGGUCUCAGAUGGGAGGCUAACACUUUCACACUGGCUGGAAGAGGGGUGGGGCUGACCCAGUGGGAAUCCCCCAACCCCCACUGUCUUGUGUAAAGCUAGCAAACAGCACCAGAACUCCUGGGUUCUAUCCCUGCCUCCAGGCAGGGAGUGGGGGCUAGUGGGUUAGAGUGUGGGGGUGGGCUGAGAAUCAGGACUCCUGGGUUCUAUCCCCAGCUCUGUCACUCCCUGCCCAUGUGACUUCAACAAAGUCACUUCCCCCUUUGCCUCAGUUUCCCCUCUUUGCAAGACAUGGCUUUAACUUAACCUUGUAGAGUUGCUGCUUGGAGCAAGAGACCAUAUUACUGCUCUUUGCCUCCAGUCAAACCUCAUUCCCACAAUUCACCUCUCCCACAAAUCAUGCCACUAGCUGCCCCCCACAGCCAAUGUAACUCCCAUCUGCCACCCAACAAGCACCCCCUUUUCUCCCUCCCACCUUGUGUAUAUACGUGUCUCUCUAUACACAUAUAUUAUAUAUAUGUCUCGGUAUUGUAAUUAUGUAUACAGACAUUUUGGGUUUGGCCAUGAGGUCUUAUUUAAUGGGACAGACACUGGAAUACAGAGAUACAGCCCCCCCCCCCCCACCCCUCCCGGGCCUAAUGCCUAGCCUCUCUUUUUAUGCCACCUCCAUCCUGGGCAGGAAGGGCAGAAAACCGGAUGUUUACAUUUUACACCUCUCCUCUUUUUCCUUCCUUCUCCAUUCCCCCCAUCCCGCCCUUUUCUGUUGUUCGUGCCUCAUUCUCUGAGAUUUUAUUUUGUCGCUUUGUUUAAAAAGGUUAACAAAAAAAAAAUUGCAAACUUGGAA